AUGUCAACAAAAAACAUAGGAAAGGGUUUAACAUUUGAAGAUAUUCUUUUGAUUCCAAAUUAUUCAGAGGUAUUACCUAGAGAAGUUAGCUUAGAAACUAAGUUAACAAAAAAUGUUUCUCUCAAAAUCCCUUUGAUAAGCUCAGCAAUGGAUACCGUAACAGAACAUUUGAUGGCUAUAGAAAUGGCCAGACUUGGAGGAAUAGGAUUUAUUCAUAAAAAUAUGGAUAUAGAAAGCCAGGUAAAUGAAGUACUAAAAGUCAAAAAUUGGAUGACAAAUUUGGAAAAGAGUGAGAUAGAAAAAAUGAAAGAGAAUCAAGAAUCUAACAAGGAAAACUUAAUGAAGGAAAACCUUAAUUCUAAUGUGAAUAGAGAUGCUUAUAUCAAUGCCAAUUUAGAUGACAAAGGUAGAUUAAAGGUGGGGGCAGCAAUUGGUGUGAAUGAAAUAGAGAGGGCAAAAUUAUUAGUAAGAGCAGGAGUAGAUGUGAUUUUAUUAGACUCUGCACAUGGCCAUUCACUCAAUAUAAUAAAAACUUUGAGAGAAAUUAAAUCAAAAAUGAAUAUUGAUGUAAUUGUUGGUAAUGUUGUAACGGAAGAAGCAACAAAAGAGUUAAUCGAAAACGGUGCAGAUGGAGUCAAAGUUGGAAUUGGCCCAGGAAGUAUUUGCACCACAAGAAUUGUUGCAGGAGUUGGUUUACCUCAGAUUACAGCAAUAGAAAAAUGUUCGUCAGUUGGAAGUCAAUUUGGUGUUCCAAUAAUAGCUGAUGGAGGGAUAAAAUAUAGUGGUGAUAUUGGGAAAGCACUAGCAGUCGGAGCCUCAAGUGUAAUGAUUGGCUCAAUUCUAGCUGGCACUGACGAAAGCCCAGGUGAAAAGAAACUUUUGGGUGAUACUGUUUAUAAGUAUUAUAGAGGUAUGGGAAGUAUUGGAGCAAUGAAAAGUGGUAGUGGAGAUAGAUAUUUUCAAGAAAAAAGACCUGAAAACAAAAUGGUUCCAGAAGGUGUUGAAGGCAUGGUCAAAUACAAAGGCCAAGUAGAGGGCGUAGUAUAUCAGCUUGUUGGAGGACUAAGAUCCUGUAUGGGUUAUUUAGGAUCCAUUUCAAUUGAAGAAUUAUGGAAGAAAUCGAGUUAUGUUGAAAUAACAGCAUCUGGAUUAAGAGAAAGUUAUGUACAUGACGUUGAAAUAGUAAAGGAAGUGAUGAAUUAUAGUAAAUAA